CUUUUUUUCAGGUAUCCGAAGCUCUGUCUGUUGAGUGCCGACUCCUGUUUCUUUGGAUUUCCCGCGCAUGCAGGCAUAUAUGCUGGCAGAUCGCCGUUCUCCAUUUUCUCGCCCUGAGCGCGAGCAUGUGUCGAGAGUUUUUCCUUCGCCUGCGGUCACCGCCUUUUUCGGACCUGAGAAGCACACAACUUCCUAUUAAAGUUCCUUUCCGGCCUGCCUGCGUUUCUCUGAGGGGCUCUCAAGCCCCAGAGCUGCCCAGGAGGUCGCCGGGACUUCUUGUUGACGCAGCACGCUGGAGAGAAGUCUCCCGUUCUCUAAAGCCGCUGAAGAAUGCACAGAAACAACCGAUCUCAUCCGUAAAAAGACACACGCCGAGGCCUCUACGAAGGCAGGUCUCCCUGAACGGACCUCUUCAGAGUUCCUUCCGCCUUUUGCAGCUUUCUUCCCCGGAUGGAAGUCGGGACUUUUUGUGUUCUGGAGUGGCCAUCGACUCUCCAGUUAAGCCCCAGGUCUGUGCCUUCCCCAUUCUUCCCGGGUUUCAUCCAAAAAAUCCUAGGCACUCAUCAGUAGACUCUCGAAAUCUGUCUCUCUUCACGGGGCUUCGCGAAUGGCCGUGUCGGCUGUUUCGUCUCUUCUCAACCAAGGCGCAGGUCGUCGGCACAGAAAAAGGAAACAGUGAAGAACGCCGUCUUCGCCUGCAAGCUGUGCUCGACGGAGGUGCGAGCUGUGUGAGAAACUUCUCAAUUAUUGCACACAUCGACCACGGAAAAAGCACUUUAAGUGACCGGCUUCUCGAGCUCACUGGAACAAUCAGCCAAGGCGCGAAGGCGCAGUUCCUCGACUCUCUAGAAGUCGAGACAACGCGCGGAAUCACCGUCAAGGCGCAGACGUGCUCUCUGCUGUACAGACACCCGAAGACGGGCGUCGACUACCUUCUGAAUCUGAUUGACACACCUGGCCACAGCGAUUUUUCUCAUGAAGUCACGCGAGGCCUCACCGUGUGCCAAGGAGCGGUUCUGCUGGUCGACGGGCUACAAGGAAUUCAGGCUCAGACCAUCUCUCACUUUGGUAGGACCCGCCGGCAGAAUCUGGAGCGUCUUCUUGUGGCGAUAAACAAGGUGGAUCUCCCUGCUGUCCCAGAGCAGAUUCCAAGUGUGAAGGCAUCGAUUGCGGCGUUGACAGGCGAGAAAGAAGAAGAUGUUCUUGCUGUCUCUGCUAAGACUGGCCAAGGAAUCGACGACCUGUUGCAGGCGAUUGUGGAGCGAAUCCCUCCUCCCGAAGGAAAAGAAAAUGCGCCUGUGAAGGGCCUCAUUUUCGACAGCUGGUUCGAUGCCAAGAAGGGCAUUGUCCAACUCGUCGCUCUCAAGGAGGGCGUCUUGAAGCCUCGCAUGACGCUGGUCGCGGCCCAUGCACGCAAAGCCAUUCAAGUUAAGGAAGUCGGCAUCCUCCACCCGUUCAUGACUCCAACGAAAGCGCUGAAGGCUGGCCAGGUUGGCUACAUUUGCUCGAAUAUAAAGCGAACGCAGGACGCAUGCGUUGGCGACACGGUUUUCCCGCAGAACCAGAUCGGAGAGCCUCUGCCGUGCUUCGGACCCCCAAAGUGCACUGUAUACGCAGGCGUCUAUCCCGAGCAGGCGGCGGACUACGAGAAGUUGCAGGUGGCGGUAGGAAGGCUGCUCCUCACCGACCCUGCAGUGGAGGCGAAGGCCGAAGUGAGUGCAGCUCUCGGUCAGGGAUUUCGGUGUGGAUUUCUCGGAAUUCUUCACCUGGAUGUCUUCAAGGAAAGAUUAAAAACCGAACACGGCGUGAGUGUCUUGGUCACGUCGCCAACUGUGCCUUACCACGUGACUCCGAAGAAGAAGGGACAGCCGAAACGCGUUGUCUGCUCUGCGUCGGACUUUCCAGACUUCUUCGAACAAGUCGAGGAACCGAUGGUCGAGGCGACACUUGUCGUCCCGCUGAAAUCUGUUCCGGCAAUCCAGCAACUCUGCAUGGAGCGUCGAGGUGAAGAACUGAGAUACGAGUGCAUGCCGAUGCACACAAGCUCAAACGAUUCAAAUCCUCAACAAGACAGCGUCCUCCUUGUCUACCGCAUUCCUCUUGCGGAAGUCAUUCUUGACUUCUUCGAUCGUCUACAGGCUGUCACAAGCGGUCUUGUCUCUUUCGAUUACAUAGAUGCCGGACUGGCCCCUGCAGACAUCGUUAAAGUUGGAUUUCUAUUCAACGGCGAGCGCGUCGAUGCCCUCAGCUUCCUGGCGCAGAGGAGCAGAGCGAGAGAGCAAGGAAUUGCUUACACCCAGCGUCUCGCGAAACUCAUUCCGCCGCAUCAGUUUGAUGUUGCGAUUCAGUGCGUGUUGAACGGCAAAGUGAUUGCGCGAGAGACGGUGAGAGCGGCGAAGAAAGACGUUUUGGCCAAGUGCUACGGAGGAGAUAUGACCCGGAAAAUGAAGCUUUUGGAGAAAGAAAAGGAGAGGAAGAAAAAACUCAGAAGUAUUUCGAACGUCCGAGUCCCUGCAGAAGCAUUCCUCCAACUCCUCAAACUCUAGCCUCUCUUGAAGAAAUCACUUUUCAGUCUGCACCGGAUGCUUCGUCUAUAGGGAUAUCUGUAAUACCUCUGUACAUUACCUGCGUUCAUAUAUAUCUAUAUGCGUUUUUCUUUCUGUUUACUUUUGUCAAUGCCUGCUGUAUCCAGCCGCCUUUCACUAUGCAGCAGUGCCUCUAUCUCUAGAUCUGUGCCUGUUUGUGUCUACGCUUUCUCCACGACUAUCUGUGCAGGGGCUGCCUAUAAAUAUAUAUAUAUAUAUAUAUCAUAUUUGCGUAUGUUUAUUUCUGCGUUUAUACUUGCAUGUGCGUUACUGUGGUUGUUUGUAUAUCUGUCCAUCUGUCUUUAUCUCCCUCGCUGUAUCUGUCACUGCUUAUCGUCACGUCCAACUCUCUCCAUACCUCUAUGCCUUUACUCAUGUAAACUAAACACCCCCUGUCUGCCUCGUUCAGUAUAUUUGCCUAUCAAAACAAUUUUGUAUAUCUCUGUAAGCCUUUUAGGUUUACGCAUACGCAAAAGAAUGUGAACAUGUUUAGAGAGUGGAUGCACAUCUCUGUAGAGAUUUCUCUCUGAACAUUUUUGUCGCCUUUGGCGGCAAGUGUGCGAAUGCGCCUGUGUACGCAUCGCUUCAUUUUCAUCUUUGGUUUUAGCGUUGCCUCGCAGUCGAUCAGUGUACGUCUCUCUCUCUACCUAGCGCUGUAUAUGAAGCGUCCCCUUGGGUCUCUCUCGAUUUUUUUACGAUUUGGUGGCUGUACACUCCUGUGAAGAGUGUGCACAGGCUCCGGUGAUCAUGCCAAUUGCUGUUUUUCCGGAAACGUCCAGUUUCACCUUCAGACAGCAACAUUCUUUCAACGUUUUUCCUUUCUCGCUGAGGCGCGCCUUUUCACUGCCCAUUUUCUCGCUCAACUUUGUUCCUCAUUUGCUGG